AUUGCGGAAUGAAUUCAAUGGGGAUCGCCUUUUGAGCGACAGCAACUUACGACAUACAUAUUUAGUUUCUCUUUUACUCUCCAGUUAUAUUGUUGGCUGUUCUAAGAAUAAUAAUCUUUAUACAGAAAACAGCAAAUAUUCCGUUCAGUCUGUUAGAAGCUUUCCGGUUGGUAGUUACUAAAAGUUGAGUCGCAAUUUACAUAUAAACACUUGGAACACGUCCUACAAAAACAUGUCAUCCGGAGGAGAGAAAAAACAAUUGGUUGCGGUCUCAGAAUCUAGACGUUUCAUGAUUGACUGUUUUAAGGCAGUAAAUGUUCCUCAGGAUCAUGCGGAGCAAAUGGCAGACUUACUUGUUGCUGCAGAUUAUCGUGGCCAUUUCAGCCACGGUAUGAAUCGCUUAGAAAUGUAUUUAAAUGAUUUGGCUAUUAAUUCGACGGAUGGUAGUGCUGUACCCAAGAUUUUGAAAGAGACUCCCUCUACGGCUUGGGUUGAUGGUUGCAACGGCUUGGGCGCCGUGGUCGGAAACUUUUGCAUGGAUUUGGCUAUUAAGAAGGCGAAACAGGUAGGCGUUGGUUGGGUUUGUGCCAAAGGAUCCAAUCACUACGGUAUCGCUGGUUGGUAUCCCAUGAGAGCCAUGAAAGAGGGAUUAGUUGGUAUGUCCAUGACAAAUACAUCACCUUUGAUGGCUCCAACACGAUCGAAAGAAGCCGCCCUGGGCACCAAUCCACUGUCUUUAGGCGUUCCUGCCAAGGAUGAUAAAUUUCUAUUGGAUAUGGCAACAACAGCGGUUGCUGUUGGCAAAAUUGAGAUACAACGCCGUAAAGGUGCUCCUUUGCCCGAUGGUUGGGCCCAAGAUCCUGAGGGUAGGGUGACUAAUGACGCUGAAUUGGCUUUCCAAACUGGCUGUUUGAUGCCAUUAGGAGGUCCAGAAAUUAAUUCUGGCUAUAAGGGCUACGGUCUUGGUGGACUAGUGGAUAUCUUAUCAGGCGUAAUGGCUGGUGCUAAUUAUUCUACAAAAGUGCGAAAAUGGACUCAUACCGGCGCGAAUACAGCUGCAGAUCUUGGACAGGUUUUCAUUGCUGUCGAUCCUAAUUGCUUUGCCCCCGAUUUUGAAGAAAGAAUGUGCGAUUUCAAUUCCCGCUUACGUAGUUGCACACCUACUGACCCCGAAAAGCCCGUUCUUGUCGCUGGCGAUAAGGAAACAAUAAAUAUGAAGGCAGUGGAUGAGGCCGGUGGUAUUGAAUACUUACCGAAUCAACUGAAAACUUGUGAAUCGUUAUCGCAACGUUUCAACGUUAAUCCUAUUCGCUUUAUUUGAAGUGCAAACUUUUCGUCGUUUUAAUGAAAUUGGCCUUUAACUUGCAUUUCGUAUGAUUUAACACUUCGGAUAUUUUCAAAUAUAUUUUAUUUGUAUACAGUUUAUUUUAACUUUUUAAUGAAUGCAUUUUGUUUAAAUAUAAACACUCUUUAUGAGUUAGAUGAUAGCUUUAAUAAAUCUACGAACUGAUAUUAACAUCACUUUAUUCAUUCUAGUUUUAGCUACAUUUUAAUAUUUUGUUUAAUAAAAACUCAUAUCAAUAAAAAAGAAACUGUAAGAAAAGAAAACAA